AUGGACGGCGAGAAAGCCCAGCUAGAGAAACGACUUGACUUCGAGGAAGGCGGUCUACGGGUUUCUGUCCUUGCGACCCCGGGGCUGCCUCUAAGAAUCACACACACAUUGGCUAGAACUGAACAACCACGCAGUCGUGUGCGCCGACUUCUUGUAUUUCUUGCGCUCGCUGGCUUUGUUUUCCAUGCUACUACCAGGGUGUUCAAGCAUGCUGGGGAUGAAGUUGCAUUCAGAGGACAGUCUCAUGGGUUUGUUCAUCAAGGGAAGGUCGAGCAUGGGCUGCACGGGAAGAAGGCUGAGGAACUCUUCCUAACCAUCCCCAACGAAGCAAGUGCACUGUCCGUCGCCCGACAAUAUGCUACAAAAGCACACCGCGCAGGCUCCUCUGGCGACCUCACAACCGCAAAAGACUUUUUAUCCCUCCUCCAAACCGAACUUUCCAUCUCUCAGCCCGCCUCUUUCCCACUCUUUCCUGCUGGAACCGAUGCCUCUCGUAACGCGACGUUAUCAAUCCCAACCCUCACGGAGCCCAAUGCUUGGAUCGACGUGUAUUAUCCGAUCAUGAAUACGCCGUUGGAUAGGAGCUUGCAGAUCCUUGGAGAGGAUGGGGAGACUGUGGAGUGGAGUGCGGAGUUGGAGGAGGUGCCGGAUGAGGAGGAUAGGGAUGCGUGGGAGGCGAGGGACGAGGUUCCGGCUUUUCAUGGGUUCAGUGGAGGCGGGGAGGUGGAGGGCAAGUUGGUUUAUGUGAAUUAUGGGACGAAGGCGGAUUAUGAUGCGCUUGUUGAGAAAGGCGUGAAUCUUACUGGGGCCAUCGCCAUCGCUCGUUACGGUGCGAAUCUGCGUGGUUUGAAGAUCAAAGGCGCGGAAGAGCUGGGUGCUGUUGGCUGUUUGAUAUACUCAGACCCGAGAGAUGACGGCUCGGUCAUCGUAGAAAACGGCUACAAAGCCUAUCCUUAUGGCCCUGCACGCAACCCGAACUCUGUUCAACGUGGUUCAGUACAGUACGUUCAGCUGUAUCCCGGAGAUCCGACGACACCUGGAUACCCGGCCUACGAAAACAGUACUCGUACGGACGGAGAAAACAUCCCUCUCAUUCCGAGCAUUCCGAUCUCGUGGGCUAACGCAAAAGUCCUCUUGAAGGAGAUCGAGGAAGGUGGACCAAACAGGACAGUGAAGCUCGUUAACCAUGUCAACAACACGGUCAUGCCUAUCUGGAACACAAUGGGUGUGAUCCCUGGACAUCUGACGGACGAAGUGAUCGUUGUGGGCAACCACCGAGAUGCAUGGGUGCUUGGUGCUGUUGACCCUACCUCCGGCACCGCCUCAGUUGCUGAGAUCAUUCGAGGCUUCGGCGUCCUUCUGAAAGCUGGCUGGAAGCCCACGAGGACCAUAGUCUUUGCGAGCUGGGAUGCCGAAGAGUACGGGCUUGUUGGCAGUACGGAAUGGGGCGAAGACUUCAAGGAUUGGAUCGACGAGCACGUCGUCGCAUACCUGAAUCUUGAUGUUUCGGUCGGUGGCUCACGCUUCGAAGCACAGGGGUCUCCCUCUCUCGCCCACUUUGUGCGCUCGACCGCCCAGGAGAUCACCCAUCCUACGGACCCCACUCGCACUCUUUGGGACGCACGCACCGACAACGGUCCCUACUAUCAACCCGGCGACGAUUUGGUCCAUGCACAGGCCGACGAGAGGAUGAGGACCGCGGAGGGUAGCAUCGGUGUUGGAUACCUCGGUUCCGGGAGCGACUUCACUGUGUUCCUGCAGCACAUCGGGGUUGCGAGCACGAACUACGGAUUUGGGGGAGGACCAGGCGACGCCGUAUACCACUACCAUUCCAUCUUCGACUCCGUGAGGUGGUUGGAGCUCUAUGGCGAUCCGGGAUUCACGCGCCAUGUCGCGAUCGCGAAGCAUCUUGGUCUGCAGGUCCUCCGGAUGGCAGAUUCGACGAUCUUGCCGUUUAAUACUACGCAUUAUGCGUUCGAGCUCGAGGCUCAGCUCGAGAAGGUCGAACUUUUGGCCGAUGAGUUCGCUGUCACGGUUGAUUUCGCUCCGUUGCGUUCGGCGAUUCAUGGACUUCAGCUUGCGAGUAUCGAGUUGGACAAGGCCAAGGUCAAGGCGGAGGCUCGCUUGGACCACCUCGUUGGCAGGUGGCGUAGGAGGGUAGCACGCAAGCAUUGGUUGAAGAAGGUGUGGAGGAAGAUCAAAGGGAUCUUUACGGGCCAUAGGGAUGAGUACGAGGGAAAAGGGCUGCUCGCUGGGCAUUCGUGCGCGGAAAUGCAUGCCGGUGGAAACCAUGGUCCAGACAUCGUGCACGCUCACGAGCGCGAGAACCACGGUGGUGCGAUGCUCAAGUACCAUGCUCAUAAACAUAGGAGGGGGCCUGGGAGGAAGUUCAUGAAGGCUGCGAGGGAGGUCCAAAAGAUCAAUCAUAAACUCGCAUCAUUUGAGCGCGGUUUCAUCGUCGAGGACGGAUUUGUCGGCAGGGAAUGGUACAAGAAUAUCGCGAUCGCACCUGGCAAAUGGCUCGGGUACGGAGCGACACCGCUACCAGCUUUGACCGAGGCGAUCACGAUCGAGGGGAAUGCGACGUUGGCGACGGCGGAGGCGGACAGAUUGCAGCAAGCAGUUGCAUUGAUUGCAAAGUCUCUGCAAGUUUAAGAGGUGUACUCAAACUGUUGUUGUAGUACAAGUUCUUUGCGUGUCGAAUUUAAUU